CGCGACCAGUUAUAUGUUACAAAUAUAUGCGAUCAGUUCAGUAAUUAAUAUAUUAUUUUCUACUUCGUAGAAAGUUAACGAUAUCCUGUUGGAAAAGUAAAUUUCUUUUUUAAUGUUAAAAAAAAGCUUCGUAUUUACAGUUUUAUUUUUCUCUUGAAUUGACUUUUUGUAAAGAAGACUUAAAAUAACGGUUGUCAUGACAAACAAUAGUAACAACACAUAGACGAAUGUGAAGUGUCGUUCGGAUGUAAGAAUAAUUUGAAACAUAUUACUUUUGCAUUCUAACAAUGGCUAAUAAUGUUCUUAGUAAUGGUCGCAUUCAACAGCAACCGAUUAUCUCGCAACGACUAACAAGAAAUGAGAAAGGAAAGAAAGUGCUAGAAAUACCAGCGAUAGAGAGCAAGAAUUGGUUGCUACAUCGACAUUACACGCGACACGAAUAUAAAACUUGCAAAAUAUUGAUUGAUCAAGAAUUAACAAAAUCGAAUGGACACAGUGAGUAUGCGAAUUAUUUAAAGGGUUUAAUACUGAGACGAGAGGGAAAAAUUCAAGAUUCUUUAAACUGUUUUCAAGCCGCCUAUAACAUUAAUUCAACGAAUGUUAAUAAUAUGAAGCAGAUAGCUAAAUCGUUUUUAAUAAUGGGCAAUCAUAAACAUGCAGUUGAUGUAUUUUUGGAAGCUGAGAAGAUAUUAAAAACACCAGAUUGGGAAAUUUAUUUUAACCUGGGUGAAUGUUACACAAAGUUAAAUCAAUUGCACGAAGCAAAAAAGUAUUUAAGAAGGUCGAUUGAAUUGACAAAAAAUGAAUUACCAUAUAUUCUUCUCGCGAGAACAUAUCUUCUUGAAGAUAAUGUUACAGAGGCACAGAACGCUUAUACAGCUGCUCUUAGUCAGAAUCCUGAAAGCAUAGACGCUGCAACUGAAUUGGGACUUCUCUACCUCAAAAUUGGCGACGUUCAACGAGCAUUCCAACAAUUCGGCACUGCAAUUGCUCAUUCUCCAAAUUACACGAAGGCAAUGUUACCAAUAGCAUACAUAAUUCAGAAUCACCAAGAAUAUGACGUUGCGUUAUCGAAAUACAAACUGGCAGCACAAUCGAUUCCAGAAUCGUAUAUCUUAUGGAAUAAUAUUGGAAUGUGUUUUUACGGCAAGCAGAAAUAUGUUGCCGCAAUUAGCUGCUUGAAAAGAGCUCAUUACCUCAAUUCUAUGGCUUUUCUGCCCGCUUAUAAUUUGGGUAUGGUUUUUCUAACUACCGGUCAGCCAGCCUCGGCCGCAAUUUAUUUGUGCGCUGCAGUUAGUGCCGACUCCAAAAAUCCAAUGCCGUAUCUUCUACUUGGACUCGCUCUAAAGCGUCUAGAUGAUCUGGAGGGUGCGGAAAAAGUAUUACAGAAGGCUCACGCUCUUUCACCGCAAGAUCCUCUGAUAUUAAUCAAUUAUGCGAUAAUAUUAGAAGCGCAAGGCAAAAGAAAUAUCGCGGCUGAAUUUCUAACAGCGCUAAAUGAUAUUACGGCAGUGAUUGAUGUGGACUCACAGAUAACGCAAAUUGCGAAGAAAUUGUCGAUGAAAAUUCGCCUGGAAAAAACGAACAAACAGGAGGAAGAACCAAGGAUACUCAAUUCAGACGAAGUCUGAAUCUCUUUGUUCGAAUAAAAAUAAUUCUGCCU